AUGUCCAACAUGGCAGCCCCUUACCGCAGACCUCUCCGACCCGGAGUUUAUGUGCCAUUGCCCACCUUCUUUGAUGAGAAUCAAAAUCUGGAUUAUGACACGUACAAAAACCACUUAUUGAAUAUGGCUUCUAAGGGAAUGGUCCCAGUAUGUGCUGGUUCCCUGGGCGAGGCAGUUCAUUUAAGCUUCGAAGAAAGGGCCGAUCUCAUUCGAUUCAUCAGAGCAACAUUAGAUGAAGCCGGUCUCCAAUCAACUCCAAUUGUGGCUGGAGUGGGAGGACUAAGCACACGGGAAACUAUUUCAUUGUCGAAAUCCGCGGCAGAAGCGGGCGCGGAUGCUGGCAUGGUGAUUCUUCCUGCCUAUUAUGCGGCGAGUCUGGACACAGACCCCGAACAAGUUGUCCAGUACUAUGUUGAUAUAUGUGCUGGGUCACCGAUUCCAUUGCUUUUGUAUAACUUUCCCUCCAAUGCAGGUGGCCAAGACAUGUCCUCAGAAAUAAUACACGCAGUGAUAAGAAGUGCACCUAACCUAUGUGGGGUAAAAUUGACGUGCGGCGGCAGCAUUGGCAAACUUAUCCGUCUCAACGCUGCAAUAAAUGAAGACUCGACUAUCAGCAGCAGUAGAAAAUUCCCUUUCCUUCUACUCGACGGUCUGGUCGCCGAUCUUACCCCGUGGAUGAAAUGCGGUGGUCAUGGGACCGUGAGCGGUAUACCGAAUUUCGCACCACUUGCUUCGAUGAAGCUCUGGCAUUUGCUCAACUUAUCAUCGCCUUCCAAUUAUGAGAUCAAGGAAGCCGCAAAAAUCCAAGCUAUUCUAUCUAGAGCUGAUGCAAUUGCAGUUCCGGGUGGUAUUCGUGCGAUGAAAUAUGCUUUGAAUCAAAUGCAUGGAUAUGGAGUCGCACCACGUAAGCCUCUACUUCCUUUAAAGGAGGCUGAUGGGAAAGCAUUCAUGGCGGCUUUGGAUGAGAUGAUCCAAUUGGAGAACGAUAUCACGCAGGAAACAGCCGCGAAC